UUUUUUCCAAAUAUAGAAUCGUUUAAAAUGUUUAGUCUUGCAAGAUAUUCUUUAAGAAAAGUUUUACUCAAAGUUCUAUUUAUGUCGAUUGCAGUUUUAUUUUUUUGUGAAUAUUUGAUAUACUACAUUGUUCUAAUACAGUGCCAAUGGCCAACGUUAAAAUUGAAUAAAGGCGAUUUUAAUAUCCCUUCGGUUACACCGGAUGAGAAACCAGUAUACGCUAUAUUUUUAGCGGAUACUCAUCUUCUUGGUCCAAGAAAUGGACAUUGGUUUGAUAAACUAAGAAGAGAGUGGCAAAUGUAUCGGGCAUUUCAAACGGCAAUAACAUUACACAAACCAGAUUUAGUGUUUAUAUUAGGCGAUAUUUUUGACGAAGGUCAAUUGUCUAGCUCGAAAGAGUUUGAGAAAUACAUAUCAAGAUUUAAAUCAAUAUUUUACGUACCAUCAAAUACUCAUCUUUACGUAGUUUCUGGAAAUCAUGACAUGGGAUUCCAUUAUGUUAUUACACCGUAUUUGAACCAGAGAUUUGUACAGGGUAUGAAUGCACCGAGCGUGAAGAGAGUCAGUAUUAGAUCAAAUCAUUUUAUUUUAAUUAAUAGUAUGGCUUUAGAAGGGGAUGGAUGCUUUUUGUGUAAAUCAACAGAAAUUGCUAUAAACAAAAUUAGUAAACAUUUAAAAUGUGCCAAAGGCAUUCGUAACGAUUGCAAUAACAGUAGUCUAAUAAAGAAAUAUAGUAGACCAAUUCUUUUACAACAUUAUCCUUUAUAUAGAGAAUCUGAUCAAAUUUGUAAUGAAAUAGAUGAAGCUCCGAUUGAAAAAAAAGAUAUUAAAUUUCGAGAAGGAUGGGAAUGUUUAUCAAGAGAAGCGACGGAGCAGCUGUUAGAUAAUUUAAACCCAAGACUAGUGAUUGGAGGACACACACACCACGGUUGUAGGAAAAUUCACCAGCAUGAUAUUUUGGAAAUGACACUUUCUUCAUUUAGCUGGAGAAAUAAAAAUAAUCCAUCGUUUAUAUUGGGUGUAUUCACCCCUAAUAAUUAUGCCGUAUCAAAGUGCUAUUUACCUAUUGAGUCAACUGUUAUAAGAAUUUAUAUUUUUAGUGUAAUUAGCAUUCUUCUAUACCUAUUAUUAAACCAUACCUCUGUGGAUGGCACAUUUCGUUUGUAUCUGAUGUGA